UUCAGGGCGGGGUCGUGGAGUCGCUGUGGUGCAAAGACUCAUCCGAAACCAAGCGAGCCUGAGUUGGCACUGGCCUGGGAGCCCUCCGCCCCUUGCGGGUGGGUCUUAGAUGGAUCCCGGAGUACAGUAGGGCAGAAGAAACUGGGCCAAGCUACACUUUUGCCUCGAGGGGCCUCGAGGACUCUCCGCGUCUCUGGAGACAAGGGCACUACAAGCACUUCAGGAUGAAGAGUUGUAAGACGCAGACCUGGCGCAGGCGGGAGGGAAGGGUUAGGAGUAGGGUCCGCCUGGGCUACCUUGAGCCCUCAUCCGGCGGACGAAGAAAUGCGAAGGACUGCCUUUCCCCAGUCUGUGCCCCCAGCGCCUCCCUGGGGAAAUAGAACUCUUGUGUUCCGUUGCGGAGUCGGACGCCUGGAUCGGGAAGUAGGGCGAAUCAAGGCCGGGAAAUGGGAUUCUUGGGUCGCUGCUGCCGCAGAAGAGGCCUUCUCUCAAUUUCCAGGACAUGCGGGAGCAUGCUGGGGCUCCCCGGGCUGCGGCUCCCCCCGGCGGGGUUCCUGCUCCUGUUGCCAUUCCUGCUGCUGCUGCUACUGCCCACAGCCCCCGCGCCCCAGCGGGCUUCCUACAAGCCGGUCAUCGUGGUGCACGGGCUCUUUGACAGCUCGUACAGCUUCCGCCACCUGCUGGAAUACAUCAACGAGACACACCCUGGGACUGUGGUGACAGUGCUCGAUCUCUUCGAUGGGAGAGAGAGUUUGCGGCCCCUGUGGGAACAGGUGCAAGGGUUCCGAGAGGCUGUGGCCCCCAUCAUGGCAAAGGCUCCUCAAGGGGUGCAUCUCAUCUGCUACUCGCAGGGGGGAUUGGUGUGCCGUGCACUGCUGUCUGUGAUGGAUGAACACAAUGUGGAUUCUUUCAUCUCUCUCUCCUCUCCACAGAUGGGACAGUAUGGAGACACGAACUAUUUGAAGUGGCUGUUCCCCACCUCCAUGAGAUCUAACCUCUACCGGAUCUGCUACAGCCCUUGGGGCCAGGAAUUCUCCAUCUGCAACUACUGGCAUGACCCCCACCAUGAUGACUUGUACCUCAAUGCCAGCAGCUUUCUGGCCCUGAUCAAUGGGGAAAGAGACCAUCCCAAUGCCACUGCUUGGCGGAAGAACUUCCUUCGCGUGGGCCGCCUGGUGCUGAUUGGGGGCCCUGAUGAUGGUGUCAUUACCCCCUGGCAGUCCAGCUUCUUUGGUUUCUAUGACGCAAAUGAGACGGUCUUGGAGAUGGAAGAGCAACUGGUUUAUCUGCGAGAUUCUUUUGGGUUGAAGACUCUCCUGGCCCGGGGGGCCAUAGUGAGGUGUCCAAUGGCUGGGAUCUCCCACACGGCCUGGCACUCCAACCGUACCCUUUAUAAGACCUGCAUUGAACCUUGGCUCUCCUGAGGGAUCCCUCAGGAACUCCCCAACCCAGAGACCAAGUGGUAGCCUUGGAUGUCAGGCCCUGGUGUGCCUGUGACCAUCUCAUUGCUCCCAAACUGCCCCCACCAACCAGGGCUCCCAGGACCCCUUCCUCUGCUCCUCUGUGAAUGACAGAUCCUGGUUUCUUCCAUCUCGUGUCCUCUCAUUUGGGGGUUGCUCCGUGCUCUCCCAUCCUCUUAAGGCCAAGGUUGGGAGGUGAGAAACCAGGUUAACUUGUGGCUGCUCCUACUGCUGCUGCUCCUCCGUCUCCGGCUGUACAGGAGGAGAACCCAGCCCCUGCCCACCUCAGGGGUCUCCUUCCAGGCCACUCAGGAUAUUUUUAGCUUCUGUUUUCCCCAUGUUCCCUGUUCCUCUGAACUCCCCUGUUGUGAGCCCUCCCAACCCCCAGGAAGGACCACCCAUGAGAGUGGGGUUCUGAGGCUCCCCUAUGGGGACAGUUCCAUUCUUGAAGUGUCAGUGUUGGGGAUUAUCUGUGGCCUGUGAGGCCCAUCUCAGGUUUGGGGAUCCCCCAGUCCCUAUGUUAAGUAUUGGGGUGCCCUCUGGGAGCCUAGUUUCUUUGAGGCUCCAGCCCCUCUUUUAGCUACCCUUGAAUGGGUGUUAUCCCUGUAUUUAUGGAAAUAAAGGUCCAUUUACUCAG